AUGGUUAUCACCAUAAGAGAUGAAGAUUGGUUAGAUAUUGCUGAAGGAUUUUAUACCAAAACCCAAUUCCCCAAUUUGGUCGGUGCUGUUGAUGGGAAACAUGUGAGAUUAGAGUGUCCUAAAAGUAGUGGAACUCAAUACWUCAAUUAUAAGCAGUUUUUUUCAUUAAUUCUUCUUGGUAUAUGUGAUUCUAACUAUUGCUUCACAAUUAUUGAUGUUGGAUCGUUUGGAAAAGAAAGUGAUUGCAAUAUUUUCAAACAAUCAGCAUUUGGUAAGAAACUCUACUCUGGUCAACCUUGCCCAUAUGUCAUAGUUGGUGACGAAGCGUUUGCAUUAAACAAACAUUUGUUGCRACCYUUUCCAGGAAAAAGUUUGAAUAAUGAAAGACGUAUAUUUAACUAUCGCUUGUCCAGAGCAAGACAACAUAUUGAGUGUACAUUUGGAAUUCUGUCCAAUAAAUGGAGAGUUUUUCAUACCCCAAUUUUAGCUUCUCCCAAUGUUGCUAUAGCUAUAACAAAAGCAGCCUGUGUGUUACACAAUUUUGUUCGCCGCAGGGAUGGCUAUAUUACAGAGGAUUCUAUGAGUUGUAGAAUGGAAGAAGAAUCAGAAAGAAGAGGAGUAGGAAAUGCUUCUACAAAUGCAAAAGAGUUGAGGGAAUAUUUUGUAAAAUAUUUUAAUACUCCUGAAAAUGCCUUAAGUUGGCAAAACAAAGUGUUGGCCAUGUGA